CCUCUCCGCCGACUUCAUUGAAGAUAGGCAGCGGUCGGUCGCCGCUGUGCUUCUCUCAUCUGCCGGUUGUCCACCCUCGGCGACCACGACUUCACACCCGAUUCCACACCACCUCGCUCUCGUGCCGUUUCCACUCGCUACCAAUUGGACUCGAAAAUGAGCAUCUCCUUACCUUACCGAUCAGCUGACGAUGCGGGCAAUGGCCUCCCCCGACUUUCGCCCGCGCCUUCUCUACUACAUAACCGCACACCGAGCAGCUCUCGCACAUCUCUCCGCCAACCCUCCCUGGCCAAUGUCCCGGCCACCGCCGCCUUAUUCCCUAAACCUCGCCGAUGCAAGUCGCAAUACCCCCGAGACUCGUCGGAGCGACAUGUCGAGUACAUCCUCGUGGCCUCCUUCCACAUCGAUCGCGGUCCGAUAAUGGAACAUCAGUAUCCCACCGCGAUCAGUGGAGACGAGAGUAUGUUGGCGGAGCUCAUGCUACCGGAUCAAACACAUGUACGGAGCCAGGACUGGACUAUAUUCUUUCUGCACAAAGACGCAAGCGCAGAUGCCGACGACGAUGCCUCGGUAUCCAGCAAGAAGCAGAAGAAGAAGAAAGGAAAGCGCAAGGCUGGAGGAGAUGAAGUUUCCUCGAUGGAAGGACGCACUCAAGAGGCGGACGGUUCGAUAGAGAGCGAGGAUAGCAGUGACGACGAAGAGGAAGGGGGCGAAGGCCCCCCUCUGAUGUAUGUGCUCAACCUGGUCAAUACGAAACAGGACAACACAGUGAAGCGCGGUGCAGUCGUGAAGGCCAUGGCAAUCUGUACGCGACAUUCUUUCCUUCAUAUCUAUAAACCAUUAUUGUUGCUAGCCUUAGAGGACUACUUCAAAAACCCUUAUCCCGAAACGCUUGCCACUUUAUACAAUGCUGUCAACAACAUGGAUUUGUCGUUGAUGCCCAGGCUAUCCCUGCUUGAAAGACAGAUUUUGCAGGCAAGCAAUUGCAAAGACAUGUUCAUCGAGAAAUUCGAGCAAAUGAUACACCAAAGGUCCUUGGAAGACGGCGCUCCACCGCCAGAUGAUAAUGAAGAUCCGCCGUCUCCCAAGCGCCAAGGCCCCCUGCAAUAUGCCCUCCCACGCGAUACCCACGAAUUUGAAUCCAAAGUUGUUUACAACGACAUUCCCAUCCCGGUCAAGGUUCCUACGGUCAUCUGGCCGGAGACGGUGGGCGACUUCUCCCUGAUCAAGCUCAUCCAGACCUUUUCCGCUCCACAUACCUCUUCACCUCAAGCCUUCCCUAUCCACCCACAUUUGACUACCAGUGGGCCUUUCACACAUCCUAUCAUUGUUCUCGUCAAUGCCAUGCUCACCCAAAAGAGAGUAAUUUUUUUGGGUCAUAAUCGGCCAUCCGGUGAGGUGGCCGAGGCAGUAUUAGCCGCGUGUGCGAUCGCAUCGGGCGGUGUCUUGCGCGGCUUUACACGACACGCUUUCCCUUACACAGACUUAACGAAGAUCGACGAUCUAUUGAAGGUGCCUGGUUUUAUUGCUGGUGUUACGAAUCCUACGUUUGCCAAUCACCCCGAGUGGUGGGAUCUGCUUUGCGAUCUUCCGACCGGCCGAAUGAAGAUCAGUAGCUAUAUCGAGCCGGCACCAGUCACCGAAGGGUUGCUUUAUUUCCAGCAACAGGCUUCAUCGCAUCACUAUCCGUCUAGCUCAAAUACCGAUCCCAGUGGAGACAAUGUCUUCAUGGAGGAGAUCCAGCGAAGCAUUACGAAUCGUUACGGUGAGAAUGCGAUCAGGGCCAAGUGGAGAGCUUACAUUAUGAAAUUCACUCAAGUGGCCGCCGCUUUCGAGGAAAUGGUCUAUGGCGCAUCGAACCUUUUUAUUAUUGGGCCCAACGAGGAGCUCUCGCCAGAGAGUCCGAGCGGCCUUCAAGCUGAUCCACUUGAUCCGACCACGCUCCGCGGCCAUGGCUAUGUCUGGCCUGAUGAAGGCGCCAAGCAACGCGAGCUUCUAGCUUCAGUAUCUCGCAUCGAAGGAUGGCGGACAACACGAUCUUACUAUUCAUUCAUUCAGGAUAUCGCUGCUAUGUACUUUCCGGCCCGACCUAUUCUCAAACCCGACCUACACCAUCACCACAGCCGACUCCGCGCCCUACGACUCUCAGCCGCAGACUCCGGGGCCAUCUACAUCGCGUUCGCGCAUGCGGUCAAAGAUUACGCGGGCAUCUGCCAGCUUUUGACCAUCACCCCCGAAAACCAAGCUGGACUAUUCUACCUCAGCAUGGGUCUUUUCCACCCAUACCCGCCGGUCCGUGAGGCCGCAGUCGAUCUGCUUGAGCGGAUUGCUGCCCACCCUGCGGGGCGCCACUUCUGGGCGCAGCUCAACCGGUUUGCGAAAUUGGCGUUCUUCCGCAUUAAACGCGACCGGGACGCAUCAGCGCAGAGCCCCGCAUUCGGCUUGGGCACAGAGCUCUUUGGCCCGCGGAGCUUAGUAGGGGUUGCGAUGGGCGACAAUGCAUGA